UGCCAGCCCAGCUGCAGUUUUUACAUCUCACAGACACCUGAACACAUGUUGUAGUUUAGAGCCAUUGUCACCUGUCGCCUUAGAUGGGCCACAUUUUACAUGUUUUGUGAGCCGUCGUGUAGUUUCUCUGAGGAAUGCGGCGCCGUAGGAAAUCAGGGAAUGGGUGGAGACGACUCAAGCCCUCAGCCUUCCCUGCCUCCACAGCGAGAGUAACGUUACGAUCCGGGCUGUGAAACGGACUUUACAGGUCUGCCAGGUUGCUCGUGUAGCCUGAGCAAUGUCACACACAUAAUGGAUGUGCGAACAACGCUAAUAGAAUUCACGCGCAAAUGAUUAUUUUCUCUUACAGAUUGUGUUAAAAAAGUUCUGAUUCAUUGUUGCGAAGUUUUAGGAACAUGGCGAAACACUGAGCACGGCGACAAAGAAUCGCUAUUUCAGACGUGUCUUGAUGCAUACGGCGGAUAUCCGAAGGGCACGGCUGUCGACAGGAGUUGACUCAGCUCUGGCAGCUGGCACUUACAACAACAGCACGAUGGCCAGUCCAGAGGAUGUGAUCGAGCCCAUGGUCGAGAGCUCAGCAGCCCAAAACCUAGACAGAAGGCGCUUCUCCAGCGACCUCCGCAACUUGAGUCCAGAUGUCAUAGAUGGCCUCAUGUCAACUAGUGAUGGGCGUCCUUUCCUCGUGGUGCACCACCUUCCUGAAAUAAAAGCUGAAGGUAUACCUUACUUAAUUCCUGGUACUCCCGUUACAUGCAGAGUGGACAACACAGAGAAAUACACCACUCGCUCAAAGGUCAGAGUAGGAACCCUGUACACGGUGCGGCUAACACACGGCCACUUCCACUGGACAGUGAAGAGAAAGUACAAGCACUUUCAGGAGCUGCAUCGAGACCUUCACAAGCACAAGAUGAUGAUUCACCUGCUGCCCCUUGGAAGAUUUGCAAAGGACAGGCAUCAGCUGAGAACCUUGUCAGAGGAAAUGCCCAGCCUGCAUGGGACUGAGCGGACCAGAAGAACCUCCAACAAAAUGAAAUACCUUGAGGAAUAUCUAAACGCUCUGCUGGAGAACACAUUCUGUAGGCAUGACCACAGCAUGUUGGAAUUCCUAUCUGUCGGUGCUCUCUCCUUCAUCACUGAUCUCGGACCCAAGGGCUUGGAAGGACCUAUCUACAAGAGGUCAGGAGGUCACCGUAUCCAAGGCCUGAACUGCAUCGGCCAUCAUCAGAUCUGUUUCCGAUGGUCACGCCGCUGGUUGGUAGUCAAAGACUCUUUCCUGAUGUACAUGGACCGAGACCAUGGCAAAAUCAACUUUGUGCUGCUCUUUGACCCGGAGUUUGAAGUUAAAGUGGGUCGUGCUCACACGGACACCACACAUGGAGUCUGCAUUGAGAAUUUCACCCGGACAUUGAUUAUCAAGUGCAACAGCUACAGACAAACACAUUGGUGGAGUCAUGAAAUAAACCGGCUGGCACAAACCUGUGACUUCCUCAAAGUGCAGCGCUUCGGUGGAUUUGCUCCGCCACGAGAGAACACACUCACAAAAUGGUAUGUGAAUGGAAGUGGCUACUUUGCAGACCUGGCUGAUGCUCUGGAACAAGCCAAGGAGGAAAUCUUCAUCACAGAUUGGUGGCUCAGUCCUGAAGUGUUCCUAAAGAGACCAGCGACAGAUGACUAUUGGCGACUGGAUGAGAUACUCAGACGCAAAGCAGAGCAAGGAGUCAAAGUGUGUGUCCUGUUGUAUAAAGAGGUGGAGGUGGCAUUAGGCAUCAACAGUGACCACAGCAAGAGGACUCUUAUGGAUAAACACCCAAAUAUCAAGGUAAUGCGACAUCCAGACCAUGUGUCAUCUAUGCAGUUCCUCUGGGCUCAUCAUGAAAAGAUGGUCGCCAUUGACCAAACAGUAGCCUUUGUAGGGGGCAUUGAUCUGGCAUUUGGGAGGUGGGAUGAUAGUCAGUACCGGCUGACGGACCUGGGUUUGACUGAGGAGAAGCCAAAUGAAGAUGUGGACGGUAGCAACGUGGCUGGUGGCUCAAAACCUUCUGAACCGGAUGAGCAAGUAGAGCAGAGCACAUAUGAUCUGACUAGCAACACUAAGCUGUGGCUUGGCAAAGACUACAGCAACUUUAUCAGAAAGGACUGGGUCCAACUGGACAGACCGUUUGAAGAUAACAUUGACCGCACUCAAGUUCCUCGCAUGCCUUGGCGUGAUCUGUCUGCAGCUAUUCAUGGCAGAGCUGCCAGGGAUGUAGCGCGUCACUUCAUCCAGCGCUGGAACUUCACCAAGAUCUUCAAGAACAAGUACAAGGAUGACUUCUACCCUUACCUCCUUCCAAAAUCUCACUCUACUGCUGACUCGCUCUCGUUCACUGUUCCUGGGUCCAAGAAAGCCAAAGUGCAGGUGUUGCGCUCUGCUGAUCGUUGGUCCACUGGAACCUGUGAGAAUUCCAUCCUUAACGCCUACAUCCACACAAUCGAGAACAGCGAGCACUUCAUCUACAUCGAGAAUCAGUUCUUCAUCAGCUGUGCCGACGGGAAGAAUGUCCACAAUGGGAUUGGUGAUGCAAUUGUGGACCGAAUCUUGCGUGCGCACAGAGAGCAGAAGAAGUACAGAGUGUUUGUGGUGAUUCCUCUACUUCCUGGGUUCGAGGGAGACAUUAAUGCAGGUGGUGGAAAUGCCAUUCAGGCUAUUCUGCACUUCACUUACAGGACCAUGUGCCGAGGGGAACACUCCAUUUUGUCAAGACUUAGUGAAGUGAAAGACCAGUGGACCGAGUACAUCACACUCUGCGGCCUGAGAACGCACUCCCGGCUCUCUCAGUCCCUUGUCACAGAGCUCAUCUACGUUCACAGCAAAACUCUCAUCGCAGAUGACCGCUGCUAUAUCAUUGGAUCAGCUAACAUCAAUGACCGCAGCAUGCUGGGCAACCGAGAUAGUGAGCUGGCAGUGUUUGUGGAAGAUGAAGAGAGGGUCCCAUCCGUCAUGGGAGGGGAAGAAUACGAGGCAGGACCACUCACACUCGCACUGCGCAAGCAGUGUUUCAGUGUUCUCGUUGGAGCUGCUUCAGACCCCAGUAUUAAUGUUGACGAUCCAAUCAGUGAUGAGUUCUUCUUCUUGGUCUGGAAUGAAGCUGCUAAACUGAAUGCAACCAUUUAUGACAAGGUCUUCAAAUGCCUGCCCUACGAAAAGGUCCACAACAUGCGAGAGCUGAAGGAGUAUACCAGUGUGGAUCGCCUCUGUGACACAGACCCCGAGCAGGCCAUAGAGGAGCUGAAGGCUGUCCGAGGCCUGCUGGUCCACUUCCCCCUGAAAUUCCUGUGUGAGGAAAACUUGAUGCCUGCACGGGCCACUAAGGAGGGCAUGGCUCCCGUAGAGCUGUGGACAUAACCACCGUUUACAUCAGAACACUACAGGACAGUGAAGCUCCUCCUUGUAGUCUCAGCUCACCUGAUAUUGAGCACAGGACUAAAGUAGUUAUAGCACUAACACUUGAACGUGGAGGAAGACGUCACUUUAACAGCAUUUAUUUGUUAAUCAUCUAUGUUCUAUAUAUUGUCUUGUUGACUUACAGUAGGCUAGUCUGGAUAUAACCACUGAAUGAUGAUUGAUAAUCUCUUAGAACUGUAGAAGAUUCUGUACCGGCCAGUUGGUCUAUGAUGGCAGUGCCUGCUUCAUACCUUGUGCAAGCUGAAGUGCAUGGCUGCAGGUAGUGGAAAGCACACGUAAAUGAAUGUAUGAGUCAGGAGAGGAUGCAAGGUUGUACUGGAAACCAAGCACCUCACAUGAUCCAGAAACAUAGUGUACAUUUAUUAGUGCUAGAUUUUUGGGUGGGUGGGUGGAUGGCUCCUCUCUCUCACACAGUAUUUCUAUCUUUCUCUCCCUCUCCUCCUCUCUCACUCUCUCCCUCCGAGCCUUCACCUCUCACUGCAGUGCCAGAAAAUCUGUCAGAACAUUUGUGGUUGUUAUGGUGACGGAUAUAAAGAGAUGACUGGAUUGUAGCUGAAAUAGAGACUGGAUAGGGCAGAAAAAGGACUGCUGAGAGGGAUAAGUUACUAAAUUGGGUGUACUGGAAAACCGGAGGUAAUAUGUUGAUAGGCCUCACCAUUUUUGUGGUUUUCAAACAUGAGGUAUAAAUGAUCAGGUAGAAAGAAACUGGUGGUGGAGGGGAGCAAGGACAAGAUAAUUAAAGGCUGCUAGGUGGAUUUGGGGAUUUACUGUUAAUUGUUGCCUCUUUUUUUCUAGUUACCAUGACAACCAAGUGAAUUAUUAUUUCACCAUGUUGUCAAUAGUCCAGAGCAGAACAUUCCACUUUCCACUUGCCUGGCCAUUGCAUUUCUCAGCUAUUUACAUGUGGUGUCCAGGUGCCAUAAUGUCUCUUGCAUGCCUUUGUUACAUGAACUCACAGGCACGGGUGAAUUACAUGAAGCCAUAACGGUUUAACUGAGUAGCGACGUGGCUGUUACAGUUUCCACUGACUGUUUAGAAUCUCAUUUCGUAGCAUCAGCAGUUUAUAUUUUAUUCUUUAAGGGUGAAUAAUUUUAGGUUUUGUUUAAUGUUAAAUCAUCCCCUGAAAUGCGCUCAGUCCCCUCUCGUUGUAAAAGUAGACGGCCUUCUUUAGAAACACUUUGAUUUUGAAAUAUCUUGUAAUAAUUCAACAUACGCUGCCUUCCUAAUGAAGAAACACGGAGCGUGGGUUACAUUGGUGUCCAAAAAGGAGGGAGGGGAAACUGAAAUAUCUGUGACCUAGUAUUGUACACCCUGUCAUUUUUACAUUGUCUAAGAGUUUGGAGCGGAGUUUUAUACUAUGCACCUGAAUUACCGGGUAUUUUAGAAAUCAACCAGCAACAUGACAACACAUGAAACUUGUGACUGGGACCUUUUGUUUUGUAAUAUGUGGAGAAAAAGCUGUCCAGUGGUUUAAAACACUUUCUGGAUUAAGUCCACAAAUAUGCAAUCAUGUUUAACUUCGUAAAGACUGAUGUAAAAGCUUCUGAUGCUUCUGCAUGCUAGAAAUCAACAACACUAACUUGGUGGUUCAAGAGCAGGUUUGUUUGUGAACAUGACAUAUGACAGGUCCCCCAUGUGAACACUGCCUCACUCUCCACAAAGCAACAUUUACAGAGAAGCCAGUAAAAUCAUCUGUGUUUAGAAACUGCUUUGCUUGAUUCGUACUCCUAUUAUUUAAAGGGGGGGAUAUUUAAAGCCACAAUUGCCAUUGCACACUGGUAGCUGGGUAUUUGCUAGCUCCCUUUAUUCAGCACAUAAAGGUUGCCUUAAGUGAUGUUCUUUAUUGUAGGUUUUGCAGGUGUGUCUGCGAUAUACUGAGAAGUUACAAUGUACUGUUAUCAUGAAUUUAAUUUUUUUUAUUGGACUAAUAGCCAGCAUAACAUUACAUUUUUAAUAAUUGUCUGUUUGUGCACAUCGUCCCUAACUGUCACUGCAUGAAAACUAUAUUUUUGCAGAUCUAGGUCAUUAUCUAAGACUUCUAUUUCUAUGGACAACUAACACUCAGGGGUAAAGAGAUAAUAAAUACUCUUACUUAUUUGCUCAAGUAUAACUAUAGUUAUGAAUAACUUGUACUUUAAAGUAAGUUACCUUUUAUGUUUUCUCAAUAAAAGUGUUUUUUUAUGGAACUAAAUCUCUAUGUUUACUUUAAUUGGAAAUAUGUAAAAAACAAAACAAAAUAUAUUUUGAUUAAAUGACAGGCAUGUUUUGAUGGAGAAUUGUAACGUCAUUCAAACUGUUGGUGUAAUCUGGAUGAAGAUCAUUGUAUGCAUUGUUCACAACCACAAAUACAGACACAAAUUGGAAUAAAGCUUGCAAGUUAACAAAUUA